AUGGACUCAACAACAGGUGUGAAUGCUUAUCAUUUUGAUCAAGAUGAAUCAAGAAAAGAACUCGCUUAUAUGAUCAUCUUGCAUAAGUAUCCCCUUUCUAUAGUUGAUCACAUUGGCUUUAGAAGAUAUUCAACUUCUCUUCAACCAUUAUUCAAGAUGGUUUGUAGGAACACAAUCAAGAAGGAAAUUAUGAGAAUCUAUGAUCAUGAAAGGGAGAAAUCAAUGCAUGAAAUAGAAAAGAAUCGGAGUAGAAUUGCUAUUACCACUGAUAUGUGGACUUCACAACACAAAAGGCGAGGGUUUAUGGUUGCAAUGGCAUACUUCAUUGAUGAUUUCUGGAGAUCACAAAGCCAAGUUAUGAGGUUUAUUUAUGUGUCAUCUCCACAUACAAAGGAAGUACUUUCUGAUGUCCUUCUACAAACCUUGUUGGAAUGGAACAUUGAUAGGAAGUUAUCUACUAUGACAGUGGACAAUUGCAAUGGUUUGAAUGUUAUUGGAUCAUGCAUUGAGAAGGUUUGUGAGAGUGUGGGAUUUUGGACUGGAUUAACAAAAAGAAGGCAACGGUUUACAGAUAUGGCUCAAUAA